AUGGAGAAGCACGGUUUGAAAGGGAGAGGAGAGAAGAGAGAAUGGGAGGAGGAGAUCGUUGCGGUGGAGUCCAACAAGAGGCAGAAGAAGGUCCCCGCCCUCGCCAGGUUUGAUUUCUCCCUCGUUCUCCCCUGUUUCUCUAGUAAAUUAUCUCCUUCUUCUCUCUUCUUGGCCGGAUUUUGAUGGGUUAGAACUCUUGUUCUCUCUCCUGCCCUACACAGUGUGAUCGUAGAAGCUAUGAAGCUGGAUAGCCUCCAGAGGUUCUGCUCCACCCUGGAGCCUCUUCUCCGCCGGAUUGUAAGUCGCUCUAAACCUCCACCGAAACCCACCCCUCUCUCUCUCAUCUCUCUCUCUCUCUAUAUAUCUAUCUAUCUAUCUCUCUUAUAUGAGUUAUUGGACCCUCUUUUCUCAGUGUAGAGAGAGAGAGAGAGAGAGACUCAAUCCGCGCCGUUCUUGAUGAGGAAAAAUACUAUUUUGACGAACUAAAUUCCAAAUUUCCUCUUCUUCUUUCUUUUAAGUGGAGUAUUUAUUUCUUCUCCAUCUGAAUCGAAUCGAGUCAUACGCGUGCUCUCUCAUUCAAGUGCGCAUUUCCGUGGAUGAACAGGUCAGCGAAGAGGUGGAGCGCGCUAUUGCAAAGAUAGGCGCUGCAAAGCUCACAUCAAGGUCCGGUGCCCUCUCUCUCUCUCUCUCUCUCUCUCUCUCUCUCUCUCUCUCUCUCUCUCUCUAUUUAUCUUAUAUUAUGUCAAUAUUAUAUAAAGAAGGGUUUUUUAUUGUGCCUAUAAAAAAAUUAAACGAUGGAUAAUUUUCUGUAUGUUUUGAUGUUCCGUACGGGUCUCGAUGAAUUAUUUUGGUUUUUAUUAUUCGGAGUAUUUGUUGCUUGUCAGAAUCUAUUGAGAUUACCAAUUCACAUUGUGAUUAUAUAAUAUCAAUAAACCCCCAUUAGACCGAUUUUAAAUUGCUCUAAAAGAUUGGGCCUCGAGAGGUUGAUAUUCAUCGGUUUUUUAUUAUUUGGGGUAUUUAUUUUCGGAUCGCAUUUUUUUAACGAAUAAUUAAUCGAUUUUUUUUUGGAAAACUGAGGGAAAUUAGAGAUUCUAUCACACCCAUUUUGCCAGAUGUUCUACGCAAAAAGCAUCCAGAAAUGGAAAAUUAUCCGAUAAACUUCCUAAAAUGGUUAGAUAUUCAUCGAAAGGCAUUAUGAAAUGGUCGAUUUUCCGAGAAAAAUGCCCCUGAAAAACGAAGUUUCGCUGUAUUUAUUCAAUCAGUAGGAGAAAUUGUUUAAAUGAAUUAGCUGAUUUUAUCUGACUGACCUGAAAAAUAAUUCGAUUUUUAUAAGGAAAUGUAGACGAUUGCUUCAAACCCAUUUGCUUGAAUGGUUAGAUUUCCUAUAAAAGUACCCGCAGAGCUGAAAAAGGUCAACCCAUUUGCAAAAUGUCACCAUUUUACUUGAAAAAAUAUGCUAAAAAUGCCCGUUGACAAAAGUUUCCGAUUCUCGUCUAAUAAAUUCAGAUGAUUGCGACAAGAAAAAACGCCGAUCUCGCCAAACCCAAUGCACAAACAUUUCAAUCUUUCUCUCGAAAACAAAUAUUCAUCCUAGUUCCUACUUCUGAUGAUAUCCUACGAGUCUCCCGUUCUCACCCGGCUUCCUCGAUCAGUCUGCAUCAGUAGGGAUGAAUGUACUCUCUCUCUCUCUCUCUCUCUGUGCUCAUUGGGGCCAUGAUGAUCCAUGCAGAUCUUCGCCGGCGAGAAUCGAAGGUUCCGGCGCGAGGAACCUCCGUCUGCGCUUCUCCUCGAGGAUGCCUCGCCACCUCUUCACGGGGGGGAAGGUGGAGGGAGACCAGGGCCUGGCCAUCCACGUGGUCCUCCAGGACGCCGAUACCGGCGCAGUCGUCUCCACGGGGCCGGAGUCAACGGCGAAGCUCACCGUCGUCGUCCUCCAGGGGGACUUCACCGGGGAGGACGACGAGAACUGGACGGCGGAGCACUUCGAGAGCUUCGAAGUGAAGGAGAGGGAAGGAAAACGGCCGCUCCUCACCGGCGAGUUGCAGGUGGCCUUGAAAGCCGGCGUCGGAACCCUAGGAGAGUUCACCUUCACCGAUAACUCGAGCUGGAUCAAGAGCAGGAAGUUCCGGCUCGGGGCCAAAGUCGCCGGCGGCGGCGUUCGGAUCCGGGAGGCCACGUCCGAGGCCUUCGCCGUGAAGGAUCACAGAGGAGCGUGUAAGUUAAUGGCGGGAGUGAUCGUCAUUCUGUCGUUUAUUGGGAGUUUGGAGCUCUAAUUGAUCUGUAAAUAUGAUCGCAGUGUACAAGAAGCACUACCCGCCGGCUCUGCACGACGAAGUGUGGAGGCUGAACAAGAUUGCCAAGGACGGCGCGCUUCACAAGAAGCUGAUCGACGCCCGGAUUUACACCGUUGAGGACUUCCUCCGUCUUCUCGUCAGGGAUUCCCACAAGCUGAGGACUGUAAGCACCUCCCUCUCUCUCUCUCUCUCUCUCUCUCUCUCUCUCCCUCCCUCCUCACCAAAAGCUCCGGCUGUGAAGCAGAUCCUGGGCAGCGGGAUGUCGCAGAAGAUGUGGGAGAACAUGGUGGAGCACGCCAAGACCUGCGUCCUCAGCGGCAAGCACUACGUCUACUACGCCGACGGCUCUGGCUGCCCCGGCGUCGUCUUCAACCACAUCUGCGAGCUCCAGGGCCUCAUCACCGGCGGCCAGUUCCUCCCCAUCGACUCCCUCACCGACGCCCAGAAGGUCUCCGUUGACCACCUCGUCAAACGGGCCUACGACAACUGGCACCUCGUCGUCGAGUACGACGGCCACGUCCUCGUCAACUCCAUCAACCCCCCCAACACCACCCAGAGGUCAAUGUUCAGCCCUCCCGGGGGGGAGGACCCCUUCCUGUACGGGGCCGCCGGCGGCGCCUCCCCCUCGCAGGCCGCGGGGCUGGCUCUUGCGCCGCCGCAGACGGCGGCGCAAGGCUAUGGCGAGGAAUAUGAGGACUUCAUCUCGGAGGAGGAGAUUCGGAUGAGGACCUCGGAGAUACUCGACAACGACGAUGUGCAGAACCUGUUGAGCUCCUUUACCAUGGAAGACGGUGGGUAUCAUUCCUACGAGGACGAAUCCGUGGAAGAGGCGCAGGAAGAGGGGGGAGAAGGAGGAGGAGGAGGAGGAGUGAUAGGGAGGAAGGGCAGCGGCAGGAGGGUGUUGGGGUGGCUCAAGCUCAAGGCGGCCUUCAGAUGGGUGAUCUUCGUCAGGAAGACGGCCGCCGCCAAGAGAGCUCGCCUCGAGGAGCUAGACUGA